AUGGCGCGUAGUCAUGACAGCAAUGGCCAGCCACGUGAAGGCUUCUUCAACCUUACUCGGCGAAUGGAAUCCAAAGAAGAAGACCAGUUCGGAGUUGAUCUUACAGUCUUCGACUUCCUGCUGUACAAGGCCACCGCUACUGUGUUCGAGUGGCAGACCAGGCCUGACAAGUACGAGUCUGAUCUGCCUAACGCGCUCAUCGCAAUGACUGCAGAAUGGAGAUCAUUUCUUUCACAGAAGAAUAAAGGCCGGAAUUUAAGUGGCGUGACAGCUUUUCGCUCAAGACUACUGCAACUGGUCCUUCUGUUCACCCAUCGAUAUCACCCGUCCCAGACCUGGACGAGCGAAGAAUCUUUGCGGAAGCUGAAGGCCCAAAACAUCGCCCGUGGCACACUAUGGUCGACCCUGUACGACUCUGGAAACGAGCAUCGCGAUUCUGGGAGGACUCUGAACCACGGGUCGCUCGAGUCUGUUCGCCAACGUCGUGCAGCUGAUCUAGAUUUACCUUCGGCCUUCGACAUGGAUAGUUUCAAUGGUCCAGAUCGACCUGCACUAGACCAGCUGCUUCCAAUAUUCAUCGAGCUCACAGCUGCACGAACCUGUCUCGGGGAUGAGUGGCAACCCACCUCUGACUGGUUUGAUUUAGCCGGCCAGUUCAUGCUGCAGGCUGUUAUAGACCAGUAUUUUACCAACGGUAGUUGUCAAACAGAGACCCUUGUGGCAAUAUUUGCCUUCGGUAAUCCAGGCGAUGAGGGCGACAGUGAGGGGCCCGACAUCGCGGCAAUGCGGCGGCUAUUCUGCAGAGAUGGUAAUCAAUCGGAAGAGUUGCCCGAAUGGACAGCUGUUAGACGCCGAUACAUCAAGAAGUCAAGAACAGCACAUGACUUCCCCAAGGUUGAGAGUGAGCACCCCUAUGUCAAGUUCGAAGACAGCUUGCUCUCAUUCCUGCGGCACCUGCAUGACAGCGCAAUGAAGCCCGACCUAGUCCAAGUUGAGGAGAGACGCAUUAGCAUUAACGGCAAUGAGCUAUCGGAAGAGCAGUCAAGAGAGAUGAUCGAGCGGAUGAGGCUUUGA